AUGGUUGUCGUUCACCGCGUUGCAUCGUAUACGACGCCAAAAUUGGUUUUCAAUGAAGAACAAGAAGAAGCGCUCGUUGAAUACAUUAUACGGUGCUGUCAUCUCUAUUACGGCUUGAGCAUAACCGAAUUGAAAAAGUUGGCCUACGAAUUUGCACGCAAACUAAACAUCGUUUAUCCCGCGAAUUGGGAUACUGAUCACAUGGCCGGAAAGUCUUGGUAUUAUGGUUUUAUGUUACGCCAUAAAAACCUUUCAUUGCGCUCUCCAGAACAAACAAGCCUUAAUCGAAUCAAGUCUUUCUGCCAAGAGAACGUUGAUCAGUUUUUUGAUAACUAUUCGGCAAUAUUGGAAACCCAUAAAUUUGAGCCGCAUCAAAUAUGGAAUAUGGACGAAACUGGAUUCCCAACCGUUCCAACUAAAUUUGGGAAAAUAAUUGCCGUAAAAGGAGUCAAACGCGUUGGUCAAGCAGCUUCCGCCGAGCGUGGGACAUUGGUUUCGAUGGCGCUAGCUGUAAAUGCAGUUGGUGGCUUUGUUCCACCAUUUUUUGUCUUUCCUAGGAAGAAUAUGCAGAGCUAUUUCAUGGAUAGUGCCUCGCCAAAUGCCGACGCUACCUGCAAUGAGUCUGGUUGGAUGCAACAGAAUGAAUUUGUCAAAUAUAUCCGGCAUUUCCUGAAAUACGUCAAUUCCAGUCGACAGAAACCAAUACUACUUCUGCUUGACAACCAUACAUCGCACUUGUCAAUUGAAGCAAUUGAUUUGGCUCUUGAAAACGGCAUUAUUAUGCUUACGUUUCCACCACAUUGUUCGCAUAAAAUGCAGCCACUCGAUGUAUCAGUUUAUGGACCACUAAAAGGAUACUACAGUACAGAAUGUAAAAAUUGGCAGACGGCUAACGCUGGGAAGGCGCUGGAUAUUCGUCACAUACCCGGACUUGUGUGCGCGGCCCUGGAUCAAGCUUUAACUCCAGCGAAUAUAAAGUCUGGUUUUAUUAAAACAGGCAUUUGUCCAUUGAAGCGAAAUGCAUUCACUGAAUCGGAUUUUGUUCAAGCCAGCUUGAGUGGUCAAAUUUCCGAUGUUGCUCCGAUUGAGAAUGCUUUGAAUGAAGAAGAACGAAGGCGUAUUUUUCCGAUGGGUGCUGCAUGUCAAACUUUUUCGAAAUCAACAAAGCCAUCUACAUCGGCUACAACACCAACAACAAUGUCUCGCUCGUCAAGUAUGGCUUCAGUUUUGUCCGAAAUUGGACCCGUUCAGCCAGCUAUGCCACAAAAAAGAUCCAAUCGCGGUCGUAAGCCGAUGAAGAGCACAGUUCUUACAUCAAUAGAAAAUAUCGCAAAACUCAAGGAAAAGCGGCAAAAGUGUGAAGAUGCGAAAAAGAAAAAGGAAGGAAGCACACAGAAGCGAAAACGUUCAUAUCAAAUAGAGCCAGCCAAAAAGCGAACACAGCCUACACGGGCAGCCGCCUCAAAGAAGGAAUCGUCAUCGUCGUCGGAUGAAGAUGUGGAUUUCUGCAUGAUCUGCAUGGAAAACCUGCCAGCAAAAUUAACCAAAAACAACUCAAUCGAAUGCAACAAGUGCCAGCGGCCAUUUCAUUUAAAGUGCGUUAACAUGAGCCUAAGCUAA